AUGGCCGCAACACCUAACCUCAGCUCGGAGUUCUGCUCUCUCCUGCGGCGUGCUCGUAAAAUAGCAAAGAGGAACACCAAAUACUCUUCAGAGGCGACGAGAAAGCAAAUUUCUGAUGGUCUACAAGCUCUCACAGGCAAGAUCGCUCACACCUGGCAGGUUGACACCUCUGAGGCUAUGUAUCUGGGUCUCGAUGUUGCUCUGGUUGCCGGGACUGGUGCCGGAAAAACUUGGACAUUCAUGGGAGCUCUUUUGGCCGACGCAUCAAAGACAAAAAAGAUUAUCAUCGUCUCUCCGCUCACUGAGUUGCAGAGAGACCAGGUCAAACGCUUCAAAGCUGUCGGCUUCACGGCGGCCGCAGUAAAUGCGGCCACAUGGUGCCCGCAACUUCGUCAACACCAGGGCUUCUCAAAACUCAUGCGGACGCCGAGCUUCACCGACAACGUCUUGUGCAUCGCCAUCGACGAAGCGCAUACGAUCACGCUCUGGGGUGGCGAUUUUCGCAAGCAGUUCGCUGAGCUCGAACGUCUC